AUGAACCAUAUGGACCACAGACCAAUGGCGACUUCAUCACACCCGCCGCCGCAGAAGCACACACUUAUCAACGGGGUUUCCGACUACACCCUCUCGUUGAUUGUCCCGGUGGUGACACACUGGCUCACUGCAGCUGUCGUCGGAGCUUUUGUCGUGGCUGUCGUGGGCUCUGGCAUGACUCUCAGAGAAGGCAUGGUGUUUUCGGCCUUUUCUUCCUUCAAGUCCUGUACAGACCAUAGCGGAUAUGCUCUGCCGUGGAACCCAGUAGACAUUCUUACCACGGUCGACGCUGGAUAUCACGAUAAACACCAUCAGCGAUGGGGCUUAAAGAAGAAUUUUGCUCUCCACUUCCGGUUCUGGGACCGCCUUUGGGGCACCGAGUUUACAGACGAGCAGGUUGCUUGUCAGCUAUACGCAAGAGAUCGCCAGGCAGCAGAGAUGAAAAAGAGCAAAAUAAAGGCGUCUUAA